UAAGAUGGCGGCGCCCAUGUCUGUGUGUCAUGUCGCCUGCUGCGCCAACCGGGCGGGUGGCGGGGCCGUGUCCUGGGGGCGCGGAGGGCUCCUCGCCUUCGGCAGCUGCCACGACGUCGUCCUCUACGAGCCACUCGUGAGGCGAGUGGCCGCCGCUCUCCGCGGCCACGCUGGCCGGGUGAAUUGCGUGCGCUGGGUUCGUCGGCGGGGUGGUGGUUCUGAAACAGAGUUAGUUUCUGGUGGAUCUGACAAACAAGUCAUUCUUUGGGAAUGGAAUGAAACAGGAGCAUGGAAUAAUCAGCACGUGGCACGCAUUCCUCUAAAAGGCCAUUCUGAGGCUGUUUGUGCUGUGGAUGCUGCCUACCAGUCAGAGGAACCUGAUUUAAAGCUGCUAAUAGCUUCUGCUGCUUCUGACUCUACUGUGAGGAUCUGGUCCCGGCAUGGUUCAGAAGCUAAAUGCAUUGAAACUCUGCAGUUUGGAAAUGGAUUUGUUAUGGAUGUCUGCUUAUCCUUCUUGCCUGGCAGCAAUGUACCAGUGCUGGCUUGUGGUGGUGAUGACUGCAAAAUACAUUUGUUUACACAGCAGAAUGGCCAGUUCCAGAAAGCUUUAAUACUCCCUGGCCAUGAAGAUUGGAUAAGAGGCGUUGAAUGGGCAGUCUGUGGUGAAGACCUUUUCUUAGCAAGCUGUGCUCAGGAUUGUUUGAUAAGAAUUUGGAAAGUGUGUACAAAAUCAAAGCAACUCCCAGAAACUGAAGACGAUUCCAUAAGACUUAAAGAGACUGUUUUUACUGUCAAAGAUACUGAUACAACGUACGCAAUUACUUUGGAGUCUGUGUUGGCUGGUCAUGAAAACUGGGUGUAUGCAGUUCACUGGCAACCUUCAUUUUACAAAGAUGGCAGCAUGCGGCAACCUAUGAGGAUAUUGUCUGCAUCAAUGGACAAAACUGUGAUCAUCUGGGAACCUGAUAAGGAAUCUGGAGUCUGGUUAGAACAGGUGCGGGUAGGUGAAGUGGGUGGCAAUACCCUUGGAUUUUUUGAUGGUCAGUUUAGUCCAGAUGGUUCAAUGAUCAUUGCUUAUGCUUUUCAUGGAGCACUACACCUUUGGAAACAGGCUGCAAUUAAUAAGAAAGAAUGGACUCCAGAGGUUGUGAUUUCAGGACAUUUCAACAGUGUUGAAGAUGUAAAGUGGGACCCAGAAGGAGAGUUUGUUGUCAGUGUUGGUUCAGAUCAAACUACUAGACUCUUUGCUCCAUGGAAAAGCAAACAAGAGACAGAGGUCACCUGGCAUGAAAUUGCGAGGCCCCAGGUACAUGGGUAUGACAUGCGCUGCCUGGCAAUGAUCGGCCGCUUUCAGUUUGUGUCGGGAGCAGAUGAAAAAGUGCUUCGAGUCUUUCGUGCUCCUAAGAACUUUAUAGAAAAUUUCAGUAACAUCACUGGUAUUCCAAUGGAGAAGCUGUGCUCCCAGCAAUCAUCUGAUCUUCCAGAAGGUGCAACUGUGCCAGCUUUGGGAUUAUCCAAUAAAGCUGUUUUUGAAGGAGAUAUGUCUGUUCAACCAACUGUGGAUGAAGAAACUUUUAAUACCAUUUCAAAUCAGUAUCCUGAGAUCUAUUUUCAACCCUUGAUCCUUACAGAACCUCCCCCAGAGGAUCACUUGCUGCAGAAUACCUUGUGGCCUGAAAUUCAGAAGUUGUACGGACAUGGAUAUGAAAUUUUUUGUGUCGCUUGCAAUAAUUCAAACACUGUAAUUGCUUCAGCAUGUAAGGCUUCCAAAAAAGAACACGCAGCAAUUAUUUUGUGGAGCACUACUUCUUGGAAGAAACUGCAGAGUUUGCCGUUUCACAACCUGACUGUUACUCAGCUGGCGUUUUCUCCUAAUGAUGAAUUUUUGCUAGCAGUUUCUAGAGACAGGAAUUGGUCACUGUGGAGGACACAAGACUCAGCAGAGCCAGGACCAGUUUUCACUUGCUGUGCCUACACAGACAAAAAUACAGCUCUUCAUAGUCGAAUCAUUUGGACUUGUGAUUGGACACCGGAUAGCAAAUACUUUAUUACUGGCAGUCGGGACAAAAAGGUCAUUAUCUGGGGCCAGUGUGAUUUAUCUGUCACUGCUGAAGGGAAUAUGUUGGAUUCAAUCAAACCUUGUUCAGCGGUACUGGAUGCUGGGGAUUCCGUUACUGCUGUUGGCAUCAGCCGUGUGCUUACUCCUGAUGGAAGAUACAUUAUUGCAGUAGGCUUAGAGAAUGGGAAGAUUAGCUUGUACACGUGGAAACAGAGUGGGCAAGACCCAGCACCAGCUGAUUGGACCACAUGUGUAGAGCUGGAUGACAGCCAAAGUCAUGCUCUUGCUGUGAAACGUUUAUGUUGGAGACCUCAUGCGGGCAGGGCUGGGCAUAACGAUCAGAAGAACGGCGAGUGGUUGCAGCUUGCAAGUUGUGGAGCUGAUCACUGUGUUAAGAUAUUCAAUGUCAACAGAUCUGCUCUUUAGAGUCAUAGAAUCAACAAGGUUGGAAAAGACCUCAGAGAUCAUCAAGUCCAGCCUGUCACCCAAGACCUCACGACUACUAAACCAUGGCACCAAGUGCCAUGUCCAGUCCCCUCUUGGACACCUCCAGGGAUGCAGAGGCAGCGGGCCUGUCUGGACAAGACAGAUUCACAACAUUUUAUGUCAGCUUCUAGCCAUUUUGGUGGUUGAAUUUUCUGUUUGCUGCUGUGGAAAGCGAAACAUCUGACACACCUGCUUAUUAAAGCAAAUUUUCUGGUACUUCAAAAUGUCAAAUGUUUUUGUAAUUCUGCAGUUCCAGAAACAAAGUUUUCUAUAUGUUUUGGCUGGUGAAUAUUCUGGAACUGAGGGAUGGGAUAAGGGUGAGACAGCUUUGCUCACUGUGACUCAGAGGCUGGAUGGGCGGGUGCCAGUACGUGAGUUUUUCAGUGCUUGAGAUUGUGAGUGGAGUG